AUGCGCAUCACCGCACCCCGUUUGCCCCGCUCCAGCGACGUACGCGCGGCCCACGGCUGCCUGUUGCCGCUGCUUGCGCCGCCGGCGCGUGUGGUCACCGCCCUCUCCUACCGCGCCCCCCCGCUCUCUGCUGCUUCUGCUAGUGCUGCCGCCACCACCAUCUGCAGCCGAUGCGAGCUGCCCGUGUGCCGCUGCGCGCUCCCGCCCCUCGCGCGCGCGUCCGCGCCGUCCUGCGCUGCGGCCUCCUCCCCCGCGGCCGCGCCCGCUCCCUGCCGCGCUCCGCCCCUGGCCUCCUCCUCCUGCGCCGUUGCUGCACGGCUGCUGCUGCAGCCUCGCGCCGCCGUCGCCCUACCGCGUCGUGCCGCCGCCGCUCGACUGCCGUCCGCGCCCGUCGUCCGUCCCGCGCGCCCUCCCUCGGCUGCGUCGCGCCUCACGCCCACCUGCACCGCGCCUCGUGCGCCCCCCUGCCGCAGCCCCGCCGGGCCUCCACGCGCGGCCGUGCUCGCCGCCGGCAGGCCGCCCUGGCCACUGGCCUCGCCCCGCCGCACUCCCUGCGGGCGAGCGCCCGCCCAGGCGCACGUCGCCCUUCGCCCGUUAGCCCGCCGCGCCCGUAACCGCGUGCCCGCUAAGGCCUCCCCGGGCCAAUGA